UUAAUCAUUUCUCCGAAUUGUGUUUCUACAGGAUGGAUUCUGUGAUUAAAGCUCUGGAGGAGGUUCUGCGCUCCGCAUUACCGCAGGGAUGUAUUACAGUUGGGGUAUACGAGGCUGCAAAGUCACUCAAUGUGGACCCUGAUAACGUGGUGCUGUGCAUCCUGGCCACAGACGACGAUGAUGUGAAGGAUGUGGCGCUUCAGAUUCACUUCACUCUCAUUCAGGCUUUCUGCUGCGAGAACGACAUCAACAUCCUGCGCGUCAACAACACGCGUCGCCUCGCGCACAUCCUCGGGGGCGCCGGCAUGCACGGCAGCGAGCAGAUGGAUCUGCACUGCAUUCUGGUCACUGUAAGUGUCAACAAUAAUUGUACCUGGGAUUAGAAUCUAAAUAGGAAGCAAAAGCCAAAAUAGGCCAGUA